ACGUCAUUAAGGGUGUUCUUUCGGUGGACGGGAUCAGAUUGAGCAUCACAACUUUUCCCACGUGAAAACAAUCUCGCAAAGUAAGUUUUUGCUGCACUAUCAGACAAUAAGUCUUUUAUAAAUGAAUGCAUGUUACGGUUAAACAUGGAGCCUGAACAAUUUAAGGACAUCAGUGACAAACUCGGUUGCACUUCGUGCGCCUCUUAUGGUUCUUGCUACAUUUAAUUUUAUGAGUGCUUGACGGUUCCAAGAGCGACUGCAAAGGAGGCUAUGAAAUGCACAGCGACACAGAGUCUACUUGUUAAAUUUUUUUAGUUCAACCCUGCAGGAACAGGGAAUAUUGGUCAUCAUAAUCAUCCUAAACGACUGAGAACCAGUCUCUUUGGAGCAAGGUCAAGUCGUGCGUGUAAAUGACCUUCUUCAGGGGUUUACUUUGGUCAACCUGCGCUUCUUACUUCACCCUCAAAGUGAGCCUCGGGUCUCUGACAAAAAAGUAAAUGAAUAGGAAAAAUGACUUUACCUGUCUUGGAUCAUGAGCACAUACCAUAGUUUACUUCUUUUUACUACUGCUGUAGCUUUUUAAUUGCAAGGUAGUUUAGGUUUAAUAGGAAUUAUCACAUUCAGCAAAAACUAGAGAUGUGGUACUGCCUAACGUUGGAUGGAUGUGAACUUCUCUGUUUUCAAAAGAUAUUUCUGAGAUAGGUGUAAAACAACAGUUCAGCAUUGUUACUGAUGAUACUCAGUGCAUUUCUUUUAGUCUACAUGGUUACUAUCUAGAUUCAUUGUCCUUUUAAGUUCCUUAGGUCACUCCCUCUCAGAGAAAGACUUCUUUAAUUGAAUGGAAAUCCAUACGAGAUAAUCGGCAAACAGUGAUACACAGAAGGAGUAGAGUAUCGUUUUCUCUAAGGUCACUGUCCAAAGUGGGAAUGAAAUAAAAGCCACAAUAGAGCAAAAGGAACAUCUGUGAAAAAGCUAUACAACUCCUCCUUACCAGCCUACUUUCAGAGGCAUGCAACCAGUUAUAUGUUUUCUUGUUUGAUAAAUAUACUUCUAUGGUGAAGAACUUUUCAGUGAAAAGGAGAGUAUUAUUUAUGAUUUCUAAUAGGAUACAUGAAAAAAUUACUCAGUUCUGAUUGGUUAAGAUAAAUGCAGUUAUCAGGUAAUUCAAUGCAGAAGAGGUUUAAUGCACUUGAUGCAUGCGCUUUGCAUCUGCAUAAUUAUGAUAAGCUAUCUUGUAUUUUUUCAUGUAUAUUAUUAAUAUGUAAUCGCAUGAUUUUGAGCGUAAUUUGGAAGAAAUAAACACUAGUAAAGUUUUUCAAAGACCACAAAUUGCAUUCGCCCUAUGGGCUCAUGCAAUUUUGUUAGUAUUUGUGAAAAUUUACUCAUGCUUAUUUAUUCCAAAUUGCACUCAAAAUCAAGUGAUUACCAAUAUAAAUGGUUAGGCAAUAUUUUGUCAAUAUUAUGAGUUCAAGAAACAAUUCUUUCUUAGCAAAAUCAUGUUUGAAUAACCAAAAAUCUGUCAAUUUUGAAAGAUCAACCAGCUCUUGCAAGAGACCGCCAAAGAAUGUCUCAAUAGUUUACACCCAAUUUAUGGAGAAAUGUUCAAAAUUUAUUCGCAAACUAAUUUACUUUAAUUGUAACAUUUGAAUCCUUGGAUGGAAAUCCUUAUUGAUAAACACAACAAUAUACAAUAAUAUUUAAAGUUUGUUUUCAUCAACUAUUAUCAUUAAGUUUCAAUCGAAGUUUCAAAUUUAACAACACAACAUAUGAAAAACUCUUGAAAACUACAGCCUUGUAACCAUGUUUUCAGGGAAGGAUAUUAGAUAGGGUUUGUGCGACAGGUGAUGGUCAUGACUCAAUCUCUGUUUAUUAACCCUGAGCUUUCUCAGCUCUCUGUGUCUUAAUUUGUUGGUGAACCUCCUCUACAUGCUUGUCAUGUGCCUCCAAUCUUUCUUGUAAAGCUCUGAGCAGUGCAUUGCGUUUCUCCUCUGAUUGUUCCAGUUUCUGCUGUAACUUCUGUUUGCAAACUUUGCUUUGUUCCUGAACAAGAGCAUCUAUGAGUUGCCGUGCUUGCUCAAUCUUCUGAGACUUAAACUGCAGUCUCUCCUGCAGUGAGCGGAUCAAAGCUUCUCGCUUCUCUGUAGUUGUUUCCAUCUUCUGCUGCAAGUUAACCUCAGCUGUUUUGGAUUGCUUCUCAAUACUCUCUUGUAAAGAAGCCAACACUUCUUGAAUGCGCUUUUCAUGAGCUUGCCAACGUUCCAUCUGAGCUUUGCGGUGUAACUCAAGGUUUUCCUUGCUUACAGCUUCUUUUUGUUGAAUCUUCUCUUCUGCUUUUUUAGAAAAUGAUGCAAUGAUCUCUCGCAGGUUUGCUUGCACUUCUUUGAUGUGUUGUUCUUUUGCGUGAAGGCGGCUGUACAACGCCUUAAUCUGGGCUUCCUUGUUUUCAGAAUGUGUACACAUCUUUUGUUUGAGCUUUUCUUCUGCCAUUCUACUUUUCUCUGCAACUGUCAACAGUUUAUUCUGCUGAACUUGAACAACGUGUUCACUUCUGCUAGCAGCUUUGGCCAAAACUUCACCUUCAAUACUCUGUUGUAGAGAUGAGAUAAACAGAUGUCAUGCUGAAUGUGGCUUUUAAGUUGCCUCACAACCUUCUAUUACAUGCAAAAUCAUUUGAGUUCUUUAAAUUUUUUUGGCAGAUAAAAAGAGGUCCCUUUUAUCACUUAGUCCUUUGAUCUCCUCUGAGGUGCCAGGGAUGAAAGACAGAACUUAAUUUGGUUGUAGGAGCUAAGCAGUACAUAAAUAACUACAGAUGAACCUAAAUUAAUUAAAGAGUGAUGUAAUCUUGUUAAAAUCCGAAAAAAAAGAAAACACUUCAACCCGUCGUUCAACCCUUCAGUGUUGUAAAUAUGUUAGCAAUAUAUCCUUUUUAUUUAAAAAUUUUCAAUGUUUGCCAACUGAUCAUGAACAAUUCCGGUGAGAGCAGAUGGAUGAAAGCUGAAAUAAGCGUAUUACUUUAAUUUCUACUGGUCCUGGGUUUUUUUCCUCUAAAAUAGGUAAUCUUAAGGAACUCUAACCUUUCUUCGUUUUUCGGCUGCUAGCUGCUUUUCUACCAGCAGCUGUAUGUUAAAACUUUCUUUUCCUUUCAAUGGAGUUAAUCGCGGCUUCCUUGCAUUCUCCACUUUGGGACUCAACAUGACUUCGAAAGCUACGCUGGUCCUAGUACAGUUGCCUGCUUGUUCGCAGAAUAACAUAAAUGAAUUAAGAGUAUGGAACAGAACAUAAAGCCCACCGAUAACCGAUUACAACAUCCUUCCACAUUUAAAGAUCUUAGAAACUCUGGCUCACCUUGAGAUACCACAGACGCCAUUUCACAGAUUCAAAUUGAACUGGCGGUAACUUUUUUAAAUGUGAUGCUAUUACUUCAAGUAAAACUGCGCUUCUUCAACACGAUAACAAAAAACAGAGUCUUUCCGGUAAACGAACAACAGCUAGCUUCUAGUUCCUCCAAGUCUCAUAAAUGGCACGACCAACGUACGAUCCAACUGACAAAUGUAAAGGGCCUGGUCGCGUGUUUCAAAUUCCUCCCAUUUUCACGUGAUUUUGUAGUAGUGAUUUGAUUGGCCAAAAUGUCUUUCGCAAAGCGCGAGACUACACCUUUGUGACUGUGUAGUCUGUAAGUAGAAUGGACUGCCUCUUUCUGCUUACAUAUGGUUAUUGUCUUGAAACAAUUAAUUUUUUUGUUUGGCUUUGUGUUUUGUUGUUGUUCCCUUUAUUUAUUUAUAAUUCUGUUGACAGAAAAGAAUUAAGAUAAUAUAUGCACGUUCUGACGAGUCAACUACUUGUAUUUUUUUGGAUUGGUAAAGCCACGGAAAACUUGAACCUUGUUACACUUUGACAAGUCUUAUAACCUAGCAUUUAAUAACUGGCCUCAAGGGAAACAGCGAGUUUUGUUUCCCCGAAACCUUUAGUGCCCUUCUCCUCCAAUCGGUAAAAGUCCUUUAAUUGGGUUGGGAGGUAUGACAAUAAAUCUUGUUUGAUUUAUUUAUAGCUUGAAUAGAAACACGGAAUAUGGCAGCUGGGUUGCGAUUUCUUCCUAAGCCUUGGCGCUUCCUUCAUCAGUUGAACACUGAAUUCAGCCUACUUCCGAGAACUGCUAUCCCAGCAUGUAGGCUGAGUAGUACAACCUCUAAAACUCUCCUAGGUGAAGAAGCCCAAGCCGAAAAUUGGCGACGCCGAGUUGAUCUAGCAGCUUCUUAUCGCAUCUUAGAGAAGUACAACUUACAUGAAGGGGUGUGUAAUCAUUUGAGUAUGAUGGCUCCUGCGGCAAAUGGAGACGGUGAGGUGAUGUUAGUCAUCCCAUAUGGACUACACUGGAGCGAGGUAUCUAAUCUUUUACUGUCCUUUGAGAAUGAAAAAUCCUCUUCAUUGCACUCCUGCCUUUGGCAUACUGCUCUGAAGGAGAUAUAUGACACACGCACACCAGGAGUGCCCCUAUAAAAAAAUUUAGAAGCACAUUCUGUGUUCAGACGAGUUUAAGGCAAAGGCAAAAUCGGCCUGGGAGAUUGAGAUAUUUCGGGAUCGGCUUAGUGCCACGCUAAUUGUGACAAUGGUAUUUUUUAUUCUGAUUCAUAGUUGUUUGUUUUAAAGGUUAAAGCCUCUUCAUUUGUUGGCUUAAAUGUAAAGCGUGAAGUGGUCGAGGGAGAAGGUGAAGUAGACAUAGCUGCCUCUACAAUUCACAUGGGAGUUCAUAGAGCUCGACCAGAUGCUGUUUGUGCCUUCCACGUACAUCCGCCAUACUGCACGGCUUUAGGUAUCUUUCCAAAUUGUCAUCGAUUUUUUCGUAAUAUCGUUGGGACCGAGGAUUCCCCCGCGUAGUCGAAAUUUUGCUUGAUCGUAUUUUAAUCGUUUUAGCCGAUGAUUUUUGCUUCUUUUUAGGAACCUUAAAAAAUCCCGAGCUUGGAAUGCACAGUCAAAACGCCUGUAUUUUUUACAACCAAAUUGCUUACGAUCGAGUGUACAGUGGGCCAAGUGUAGAUGAGGAAGAGGGCAUGCGUACAGCAAAACAGCUUGGGGACAAGUCGGUACUGUUUAUGUGUAAUCACGGGGUACUAGUGGUGGCUCCUAAUGCUGCAAGAGCUGUGGAUCAUACUUAUUAUCUAGAGCGUGCCUGCAUGAACCAGGUUAGAUUUGCCGAAUUAUUAUGAAUUAUUCCUGCUAUUACAAAAGUAGGGAUCCAUGAUUUAUUCUCUCGCUGGCACCAUAUGUGCAAGGACAUGAGGACUAUACAGGUGAUGAAUUCCCAGAUAUUAUUAUUUGAAUCAGUCUGCCUAUUCACAGUGCGAGGUCCGAGACAAUAGCGUUCUAAUUCUUUAAUGAACUAAAAUCUGUGACAACAAGCUAUGAUUAAUUAAACUUCGGGAGUCACCCCUAAGUAAGGGAAACUUUUAGCAACAUAGAGUAAGAAAUUUUGUAGGUGAGCACAACGCAUUCGUUGGGUGACGGCCUUAUCAAAUUUGUGCGUACCAAGCAAAAGUAGAAAGAGCCUUUCCGAGAAAUUGAUGGAAACUUUAACAAGAGUUUCUUUCUUUCCUUAGGUCCUGGCAAUGUCGACUGGACAAGAAUUGUUUGAAAUAUCGGACGAAGUAGCCAAGUUUGCAUAUGAACAAAUUGACGGACCAGGAAUAAGACAAAAAUAUUGCGAUGCUCAUUUUGAAGGCAUGAAAAGAGUUCUCUCCAAGGAGUGUCCCGACUUCAUGGAAUAAGCAGUCAUGGGCCAUGAAGUUCAUCUCCCUUAUGGGAGAAAUUGACUUAGUUGGCUUUUUUUUUUUCAUAAACUAUCAGUGACUGUUUGCAGUAUCUUACAAAAACUUAGCCAGAGUGUUGAACGGUUUUCCUCAUGUAGUAAACUUCAAAACGAUCCUGUUUUGUCGUUGUUGUUUGAGGUUUUGUGUUUUUACUUCGACAUAUAUUCACAUAAAGUAUUGAAUUGCUCAACAAACGUACAGCUAAAACAGCGUAUCAGCUAAAUGUGUAUACCUUUUUCCAGUGAUGGUCUGAGAACUUCUACAUUUUGCCCUAAAAAUAGCGCAGAUUAUACUUUAGUAGAGCUUUUUUUGUAUUGGUGGAAGAGAAUGUGAAUCUAAUGUCGGGUUAUAGAUAAGACAUCAAAUAACUGAGAAGGGGC